CACACUCUUCGCAAGCUGUGAGGUGAGCUGUGUGUUCAGAACCAACAGGAUCGUCGAAGCAAAAGUUGGCGCUCCGGAGUCUCGGUUUGAGGGCACAAGUGAACGUGAAGGGCAUUCGAAAAUGAAGUUCAGCCGAGCCGCGGUGUUGACGGUUUUGCUCAUCCUCGGAGUAUUCGUCCAGGAUUCUUCGCAGUUCAAGAAGAAGAAGCUGAAGCUUCUCCUUGGAGGAGCCCUCGUCGGUGGGGCUGUUGGAGGUGUUCUCGGAGCCGCUCUCGCCAAACAUCACCACCAUCCAAAGAUUUGGAUUGUGAAGCACCACGAGCCGAUCUGGGUCGUGAAGGAUCACGGAUGGCACGGCGGCUGGGACAACGGAUGGCACAGCGGAGGAGGAUGGGAAUCCGGAUGGGAUUCUGGAUGGUGGUGAAACUAGACUCGCGUGCGUUCUGCGUGAAACAGGAGGUUUCGGAGCUUAUCGUUGAAUCGCUGUAUAUUCCUGCUCU